AUGUUGAGCUCAAAGAACGCAGUCCUGGCAUUCGGCGGUAUCGUCGCCCUUGCCACAGCAUUUACGAUCUUCGGCUCCGGUGACCAGCCCAUUUUUCCAAAACCCGACGACCCGACUGGUGAUCCAUCAACAUGGUCAAUCGAUCAAUUGAGAAGAUGGUUAGAACUUAGGAAUCUCUAUCCCUCGCCAACAGCUACAAGAGAAGAGUUACUAGAGAGGGUUAGGUUGAAUAUUCGGAGACCAUGA